UUCUAAAUUUCCAUUGACAUUUCUAGUUCUCCUCCAAAUUCUCCCUUAGAAUAAUUCGGUCGCUGUAGAAGUGAAGAAAUUUAAUUAAAAUUCAUGAAAUAAACUUAAAAAUAUAGUAAAGCAAAACAAUCUAGAAGAACAAGUUGCAAAAUUUUAGAUUGUUAACGAUAAAUAAUUCUCAAUCAUGGGAAACGCUGUUUCAAUAGCCCAAAUGCAAGCCGCCCAGGCUGCUCCAAAAAAUCACGAAAACAUGAUGUCCUCUGGUGCUAAUCCCCCUCCUGAAUGUCCCAUGCAUCAGAAAGAUGCCAAAGCUAGCGCCGAUGUUAAGCCACCACAUCCAAAAAUGCAAGCAACAACAGUUUCGGCUUCAGAAUGCCCUGUGAAACAUGAUAACAGUGAUGUGAAUCCUUUGAACAUGAUGCCCCCAGCCAAUCAGAAACCAGCACCUGAUCAGCCCUUCCCCCUACCCACCGAUCGUCAAACGUCGAGCAUACCCAAAGUGACAGAAGAUGGUAGCGUACAAUAUUGGCAAUAUCCUAGUCAGCAAAUGUUCUGGAAUGCUAUGUUGCGUAAAGGUUGGCGUUGGAAGAACGAAGAUAUCUCACAAAAAGAUAUGGGUGACAUUAUUCGCAUACAUAAUGCCAACAAUGAACAGGCUUGGAAAGAAGUUCUUAAAUGGGAAGCGCUGCAUGCCAGAGAAUGUGGCAAUCCACGUCUAAAGAGUUUUGGCGGCAAAGCAUCAGACUAUAGUCCUCGUGCCCGUUUCCGUCAUAUGUUGGGUUAUGAAUUACCCUUCGACCGUCACGAUUGGAUUGUUGAUCGUUGUGGCAAAGAAGUACGUUAUGUCAUUGAUUACUACGAUGGCGGUGUUGUGGACAAUGACUAUAAAUUUGCUUUGCUCGAUGUGCGUCCAGCUUUAGAUUCGGUUGAUAAUGUUUGGGAUCGUAUGCGUGUUGCCUAUAUGCGUUGGAAAUUCGCUGCAUUAGAUAUGAUCCAAGGACCACCAUCAUCACCAACCAGUGGCAAGGUUGAUCAAUAAACCAAACCCGGACAAAAACCAAAUCCUAUUAGUUAACUAACUACAAUUCAGGAUAUAUAAUAAAGAUUUAGAUAUAAAAAUGAUAUUCAUUUCAAAAUCUAACUUUUUACUAUAUAUUUGAAUUAGCAAUUUAAUUUAAGAUUAUCAUUUUUAUUUUAUUUAUUACAUUGGCAAUAAUAACGUAAAUUAGACAAAACAAUUGACUAUUUUAGCAUGUAUACCAUUUAACAUGCCUUUAAAUAGUAUCGACGAUUAAUGAAAAAAUGUAGCCAGUACUUUUAAACAACACAUAUUAAUUGAUACACCCAUUAAAUCCAUGUUACUUAAAACUCGAUAUAAAAAUAAUAACUGUUAGUUCGAAUGAAUUAAUGAAAAUUAUAUCGAUUGCAAAUUUGUUAUCUGAGUGUUGAUAAAGAAAGCCACAACAACAAAUUGAACACAUAAAAUACAUGAUUAGAAAAUAAAAGAAAACUAGCUAUGUACCAAUAAAACCUAAUAAAAAUUGUAAAAUUCAAUUCGAAACUAAAUAA